GCUUCAGUCAUUCUUUUUGGCCUAUAGUACGAGAAAUCAAUAUCAAUCAGCAUGAAUUUCUAUAGUAAUUUGAUGCUUUUAGCUACAGUUCAAUUGUUGUGUUACGUUUCUGUUCUGGAAGCAUAUUCGAAUGGAAGCCUCCUGGAGGCGUGCGCUACUAUGACUCCCGUGCACGAAACGUUUGAGCCUAGUACCGAGUCAUGCCUUUAUGAAACAAGGCCAUCCCAGCUAACGGUUGUUCAAGGAGGAAGCAUCAGUAUUGAUUUAAGGAAUAUCUCGUCCUAUUCUUUCAGAGGUUACAUGACGAUGGCUUUCGACGCUUCUAAACCUGACGAUGCUGGACCAAUCGGGACGUUUGGCAUGCCAACUGACGGCCAACUAUUGAGCUGCCCUGGUGGAGUUAACAAUACCAUAACUCAUAAAGAUAACAACAGUAUCAAGAGGAACGUAACGGCUAUCUGGACGGCUCCUGCUGAUUUCGUUGGCUCCGUCAUCUUCAAGACGACAUUCGUUAGAGGGUUAUCCGAAUAUUGGGUCAAGGUACCAUCGGCUGGGGGUAACGUUACAGUAUUCGCUGAAAGUACGACAAGCUCAUCGACUACACCAUCACCUACAACAACUACAUCUCUGCCACCGUGUGGAGCUGCAUCCAGUCUAAGCCGUAGUUGGAUUUGGGGUGUUAUUCUACUUAUACCUGUGAUGUCCCGACAUGCUUAGGAAUUAACAGAUAAUAGUGUGAAUUUUCGCCAAUACAAUCAUGGAAGAAUUUAGUUUUUCCGCCAUUUGACUUUUAGUUUUUGUAUUAUGCAAUUUCCAAAGUCCUCUUACAAUACAUUAUUAUUUACCA